UGCAGACCCUCACGCAAUUUUUACAUGCAUGCAAUGUUAAGGAAGUUUUGUUCGUAAUAGAAGCAUCUCACUACUAGACUUUAAAGUCCUGUCUACAAGUAUUGGUCAAAUUAACACGGAAGUACGAUUUGAGAGUUGUUGUUUGUUUACAUGACUGUAUUCAUUUGUUUAAAAACGAAGUCUGCAUCUCGUUUAGAACUAUGAAUAGGAGGAGUUAUGAGGAGGAUGUGUCUGAAAAUGAAACUAAGAAGACAAAAAGCAGAGAGAAACAGCAAUUGUUUAUGGUACCCAAGAUUUUGUUCGUAUUGUUGUUCAUAGGAAUUGCAUAUCUCGCUGUUUCUACAUCACUCCGAAUGCAGGGAAAAAGAGGUGUGAAUCUAAACCAUAAUGGAAAACGGGAAGAAGUAGCAACAGAAAAUCCAAGAAAUAAUGGUUUAAUUGAAAAUCUUCUGUCAAGAACAAAACCGUUUAAAGUAGAUGUUGGAAUGAGAAGCGAUUACAGACUUCAAGACUGUGAUGGAUCACAUUUUAAAAGGACUUUUCCAGACAUAGACUAUGCAUUUUUUGGAUACAACAUUUUGAAAGGUUAUCCAUUAGCUAAUGGACACGAUCCUGGAUUCACAUACCCGAUAUUUGAAACUGAUUACACGGAGAGACGGAAAUCGUCAGAUUGUAGAUAUAGGAUUCCACGCGGGCUUGUUGUAGUCCCAGAUGUAUCAUGUAUUACAUCCUUUUCCUCAACAACGGUUCAAAAUAAGUACGAACUGACGAAAUCAUUAUCACAAUCGGCAAAGGUAAGCGUAGGAGUAGGCAUAGUUGCCUUUUCUGCGUCGGCAGGAUAUAAGGAGUCUUCCUCUGAAUUAUCAACCGGAGAAUUUGUGAAAAUUAUUUCAACAGCAAAAUGUACGUACUACUUCUGCAAGCUAGAUAAAGUGAACCAUCCUUAUUUUACGAAAUCAUUUAUAUCAUCGGUGAAAAAACUGGAUGAAUCCACACAAGACCAGAUUUAUCUAGAUUUUUUUCACUAUUAUGGAACACACUUUCUGAACUAUACUGAAUUUGGAGCAAGGUUCACAUACGAACAUACGAUGGAUUCCAAGACUUUUCAGAAAAAGGAAGAGGCGGGGCAUAAUGUUGGAGUUGAUGCGAGCUAUUCUGGUGAAUAUAACAUAGGAGGUGGUUUUAACAUGGAAUCGACGCACAAACAGGAUGCUUCUAAUUUUGCUAAAGAUGUAACAACAAAGACAUUUACUGCCCCUCCUCCUGCAAACGGUGAUGCACUGACAUGGGUGUCAACGGUAAAACAGAGUCCUGUUCCUAUGAGUUAUAAGCUGAGUCCAAUAUCCGAGCUAUUCACUGAAAAAUAUAUGAAGGGGUUGAACGUCAAUUACCAAAAAAUUGCUGAAAAAUUGGAUAAAUUGCAAUCAGCGUAUUGCCUUUACCUUAGAGAUAUGGGCAAAGUUGAUUCAUGCAAGCCUCUCAAACCGGGUUUAAUCCUUAGUGAAACAACCAUCGCUUAUAAAUACAAAUCAAUGGCAGCUAAAAGCUUCAAAGAAUGCAUUGAUCUUUGUGAAGAGGAAACUAAAUGCUUGGCCAGCACAUUUUGUGUAGGGUGCUCGCCUCGGGUAGACAGACAUCAUCAAUGUUAUAUGCUUACAAAUGACAAGAGAGAGAAAAAAGGAAUUCAGAUAGGACCUAUUGUUAACCGUGAACGAUGGGAUACUGUUAUAUUCAACUUUAAAAUACCCUCAUUGUCUACCCUUGCAUUUACUAAAACUGCUGUUGUAGGUAGAUCUAGAGGACCAAAUGAUUACAAUACCUUAGAAAAAUGCACGGAAGGGUGCACUGGUGAUGCGUAUUGUGUGGCGUUCACAUUCUGUACCUGUUCAACGAGGAGAACCAAAUGUAAAAUCUAUACCGAGGAUGGAAUGAGCGGUCUCAAGGCGGAUUAUGAGAGCACCACAUAUUUUGUGCCACUGUCUCACAAAUUUUGAAUGUUUACUAAAACUGAAAAUCAAGAAAAAUAAAUCAAUAUUCUCUUUAUAA